CAAAAAGCAAUUUUCCCACAAACACGCCUUAAGUAACGGAAAGAAACGACUUCUCAAAACAUAUCGGACACCAAUAAAACGACAGCGUACUAAGCAAAACAACAACAGCAACAAAAAUAACAUGGCAUCCUUUCCGUACGCCGACGUGGACAGUACCCAAAGAGCAAUCGCCGGUCAAGCCGAGGGCUUCGGCCGGUUCGCCGUCGGUGGUCUCCACGGCCCUCUAGUCACGGUCACCACUUUAUCCGACGACGGUCCGGGUUCUCUCCGAGACGCUUGCCGGAAACCGGGACCGGGUUGGAUCGUGUUCAAAGUGUCGGGAACAAUCCGAUUAUCGACGUACUUAAGCGUGGACUCUCACAAGACAAUUGAUGGACGAGGCGAAAGGGUAAAGCUGACAGGGAAAGGGUUGAGAUUGAAAGAAUGUGAGAAUGUGAUUGUUUGUAAUAUGGAAUUUGAAGGUGGAAGAGGACACGAUGUUGAUGGGAUUCAAGUAAAGCCAAACUCGAAGCAUAUUUGGAUCGAUAGGUGUAGUUUUACAGAUUAUGAUGAUGGCUUGAUUGAUAUUACUAGAGGAAGCACUGACAUCACUGUUUCUAGAUGUUACUUCACUCAACAUGACAAGACAAUGCUCAUUGGAGCAGAUCCUACUCAUGUAGGAGAUAGGUGCAUCCGAGUGACGAUCCACCAUUGCUUCUUCGAUGGAACUCGGCAAAGGCAACCUCGUCUUAGAUUUGGGAAGGUUCAUUUGUAUAACAAUUACACUCGAAACUGGGACAUUUAUGCUGUUUGUGCAAGUGUAGAAGCCCAGAUAUAUUCUCAAUGCAACAUAUAUGAAGCUGGAAAGAAGAAGAAAACUUUUGAGUUUUAUACUGAGAAGGCAGGGGAUAGUGAACAGGCGAGUUCGGGUGUAAUAAUAUCGGAAGGAGACCUGUUUUUGAAUGGUGCAGAAUCAUGCUUAUUAGCAACAGGCAGUGGGGACGGAAGUGUGUUCCACCCAAGUGAAUAUUAUAAAACAUGGACAAUGGAAGCUCCCUCGGACUCUCUGAAACAAGUUCUUCAAGUAUGCACAGGUUGGCAACCUGUUCCUCGGCCUCUUGAUCACCAAAAGUGAUGGUUGUAUUUAGUGCUUUUUUCUUUAUGAAUCUAAUUUACGUGUUUUAAAUAGUUAACGAGGGGUAAAAGGAACUAGCUAACGAGAGGUAAAAGGCUAUGGAAACCCUGUAUUAGAAAAUAAAUUACAUUUUGCUCAUAUUGAUCUUCUCUGAUAAAAAAUUAUGCAUUUGUACUAAUUAAUGUAAUUAAUGAUAUAACGAAUACCUCGUAUAUAUCAUGCUAAUAAAAACUAAAUUACUCAAUUUAAUCUUCAAAAUAUCUUAUCAUCAAGAAAGUAUACUUUUUUAAACCAUUUCAAUUCCAACCAAAUAUUGCAUUCUUUAUACAAAGAUGAGCAAAUAUUCUUUUUAUCAAAUAGGAAGCAAACGAGGUUUCAAUAAUAUCGAAUUAAAACUUCUCAAACUAAUUGAAUUUUAAUCACUCCUCAUCAAGAAAUGCAAAAUAUCCAUAAAUUACCAUUCAAUCAAAAAGACCAGAAUCUUGGUUUUUAACAGGGGGCAAAAAAGAGUUUCCAAACAUGAAAAUCGAAACAAAAUCACAACUCGGUUUAAAUAGAAUGUGAGAUCCUGCCCUACACCUUAAUGGCAUACUUCCUCAUUGGGAAGUACAUUUCCUUCUUCUUCUCCCUUUCGGUCUUCAAAGAUGCCUGCAAAGCAAAAUAACAGAU